CCGCCCAUUAAGGGACGGGACGGGCCCGGCUGAGCCGCCUGGAGUUGCGUGCCGUCACUGCUGCUGCCACUGUCACCUUUCCUUCCGCGCCUACAACGUUUCACGCUCCACUACGCGGCUCUCCCGGGCUGUGCGCUGCGUGGAAUCCCGGCAGCCCCUCUCCACAGGACCCCCCAAAAGGGGAGAGCGAGACUUUUUAUUGCGGUCCCCCGGCGCUCUUUUGCGCGCAGGAUGGAGAACCAAGGCGGGUGGCUCUUCUUCUGGGUGCCCCUCAUGCUGGUUCUGGUGGCACUGGUGCUGGAGCUCAGCCCACGGGCCAAGUUCAAGGCGAAGAUUGGCUUCUACUGCGUCCUCUGCGUGGUUGCCUCCACCUUCACCGCCCCCGUCUGCCUCCUAUGGAACCGAGGAAGGACUGUCCACAACAUGACGAUCAUCAAAAAUGUUGUCCGGAGCUUCAAGUACUUAUAUGGGCUGAGGUUUGACAAGAAGGGCCUAGAGCACUUCGAGGUUGAGGGGCCCUGCGUCAUCGUUUCGAACCAUCAAAGCAUCUUGGACAUGAUGGGCUUGAUGGAGAUCCUUCCAGAACGCUGCGUCCAGAUCGCGAAGCGGGAGCUCCUCUACUUCGGCACCGUGGGCCUCAUCAUGUACCUGGGUGGUGUCAUCUUCAUCAACCGGAAGAGAACCAGCAACGCCAAGUCCGUGAUGGCCGGAGUGGGCCAAGCCAUGAUGAAAGACAAUGUCAAGGUGUGGAUCUACCCAGAGGGUACCAGGAAUGGGAACGGGGAGUUGCUGCCGUUCAAGAAGGGAGCUUUUCAUCUUGCUAUUCAGACACAGGUCCCAGUAAUUCCUGUGGUGUAUUCCUCCUUCUUAUCAUUUUACAAUUCGGAGAAGAAUCUCUUUACAUCAGGCAAAAUCCAGAUCGAAGUCUUGCCCCCCAUACCAACCGAGGGUCUGACUACCACAGACGUUGACGACCUCACCAACAGAUGUUACAGCAGCAUGAGGGCGACCUUCCUCAGGCUGUCGGGGAGGCCCAGUGAAGUCAACGGAGAGGCAUCCAGCCUUGCACAGUGACAACUUUUUGAAGACCC